AUGUCUGAGGGUGAACGCUGCGUGGUGAUGACAACAAGGAGGUACCGUGACAGGAACGACACUCUCAUUGAGUUCCUGAAGGAUCGCCGGGAGCAAGAACAUCUCAUGACCAUACUGGAGCAGCGCUUACAGAAAUUGAAGAGUUUGAUAGAAUGUGAAGAUGAGCUACUCAAGGAGGCAAAGAAGGCCAAGGAAUUAAUCUGGAACUUCGAUAUUUCUCCAAAGGAACAAGAUGCUGAUCAGAAUAUCAAAAAAGCAGAGAAAGAGAGGAAAGAGGUGCACAAGAAAGAGGUUGAUUUGGAGAUGCUGAAGGAAGAGCACGCUCAACUGCAGCACAGAAAACAGGAGCUCGUUCAUCACAUGCACAGAGACGCAGUGUAUCGGGACUUCAUGAAACAGGUGUUAAAACGAACACGGUUUGAAGAUGAAGCAUCUCUGGCAGGUCACCUAGAGAAUCUUCUCCGCAUCAGAGAACAGCUCUGUGAGAAGCGGAGGUUAGCCGAGGAGCAGGUGGACCUGCAGAGGAAAGCCCUGCUGACCUUUAACAGCCAGCAUCGCUUGAUGCUUCUGCAGCGCAGUAACCAGCUGGCACAGUUGCACCACAAACUGGACAGGGCACAGCCGGAAGUGGAACGCUGGUUUUCUCCUCUCUUUAUACAGGAGACAAAGUGGAAACACAUUCAGGGCACCGCAGCCAAGAAGACACUCCUGCUGGGCCUGAUCAAGAUGGCGGCACUCAACCUCUAUGAAGUGACGGGCGGUCAUGUGGAUGGCGAGAAAGGCGUCCAUCUGGGUGACACCGACACACAACUGGACAAGAUCAAGAUGUUCAUCCAGGACCACAAGGACAUUGUCAAACAACAUCAAAGUAGCGCACAAAGACAUGAUGAAGAAAAGAUCAAUGUUCCAUGAACAAAACAUUAAAGGACUUUAUUUGAUUUGGAUCUAAAAUGUGAAUACAGUAUUCAUGUUUUAAGAUCUUAGUGAAUGACUUGCUGUACAUG